AUGCCAACAGAGCCCGCCAAGAAGAUCUCAGUCGCAUGGCUGGAGUCGUUCAUCGGCAAACUUCAAGCCGCGCCGAGCCCGGAGCGGGACAGCCUACUAAAGACCGUCUCCUUUGGGGAUCACCUCUCGGCCCCGGAACCAGCUUCAGUAGUGAACGUGAGCGAAGAGAGAAAUCCUGAGCCAUCUCGAGGCAGCAGCGAGAACCUCCAGGUCGACCUUGAGGGUUCGCUCAUCUACCAUGGUGCGACGAGUAUCUAUCGCGCCCAUCUCGGGGUGCCAGCGCGGGGCAACGCCUCACCCUCACGCGAGCUUUCUGCGAACUAUGUUGUUGGCCCCGACUCAAAUUUUGAGCAUGUGGCGGAGCAUUUCGGAAUCAGCUUAUACGACGAACUGGUAGAUGACGCAUUGAUGCAGUUCUUCAAAUGGCAGUACCCGCACUUCAUGUUUAUUUACCGAGAAGCCUUCUUGAGGGACCACUUUGGUGACCGGGUUCACGGCAAGUAUUGGUCAUCGGCUUUACUCCUGUCUAUCUGUGCCCUGGGUACACUCAUGUCACCAGACAAGCGCCACAGAGAUGCGAGCGAGCAGUUCUUCUCCGCUGCCGAGAGCAUACUCAUCGUCUCCGGCUUCACGAAACCUUCAAUCGUUACUGUACAGGGCUUCCUCUGCCUGGCAUUCUACGAGAUUGGAAGAGGAAAUCUCUCAAAGGGAUGGGGCUUUUCGGGAAUCGCGUUCCGCAUGGCACAAGACAUGGGGUUUCAGAGGGACCCGAAACAUUGGGUAUCCCACGAUGCAUCGCUAGCUACCGAGGAAGAUUUGGAGAUUCGCAGACGCAUCUUUUGGGGAUGCUACACUUCUGAUAAGUUGAUUAGCCUGAUCCUUGGACGAUCAGUCUAUCUUUUCUACGAUGACGCAGAAGUCGAAACCACCAACAGGCUCCCAGACUUUCCAGAGAUGAAGCCCUGGCUCUCUGCUGGGUUCUCGGAUUAUGACGGGGAGUUCGAUGUCGUAAAUCCCCUCAUCCCGUGUUUCAAGGAGCAGAUCCGGCUUUCCAAGAUCAUCGAGAAGAUGCUUUCAAAGUUGUUCUCCACCAAGAGCAGCCUGGAGGGUAUCGGUCGCCAGUCGUGUCUCGACAGCCUCAACUUUGAGCUGUGUAGCUGGUAUGAAGCAUUGCCGGACUGUGCGAAAUGGAACAGAUGGGAACCAUCAAGCACCCUGCUCAUCCCAAGCGUGGCAGCACUUCAUUUGCUCUUUCACAGCGUCCGCAUUGCGCUAAAUUUCGAGCAAGCGGUGUCUCAUGACAUUGCAGCUCUGAAGGACAACGCCCGCAAAGACUCCUUAUCAUCUGCGGAAGACAUCGCACACAUUGUACGGAAAUACCGCAGCCAGUAUGGUCUUGGACACAGCCCUCUUAUGAUGAUCUACGGAGUCAUGCAAGCGGUGAGAACGCUGUCGUUAUUCGGCACGCCGGAAGAAGCUCAGUACUUGUUGCAUGUUUUGGACGAAUGUUCAUCUGCCUGGACAUUGGCCCACCAGGCGAAAGAUAGGUUGGCACGAAUCGAGGUGUGA